AUGGACAUGGACUAUGUCCCUAAGACUUGCGAGGACAUAUCAUUUGUAGGAAUAGCUGUCGGCGGAGAGCGCUGUCGCGUGCAUAAUUUGGAGCCAAACAGAUGCGUGGCUUUUGAAGGGAUGAACACCGGGAGGAGGUUCUACAUGUGUUCCGUCGGUCAUAUUCUGUACAAUUGUGGUUUUGUGGCCUGGGUUGAUGAAGAGUGGCCAGCUACUCUUCAAAAUGCUCUGAGAAAGCUGUGGGCAAUGUACCAUGAGGCCAACAAUACAAUAAUAGAAGAGAGGAUCAAGAACGCCAAAUUGGUGCAGGAGUUGGUUGAGGACAGGAACAAGUUCAAGAACUACAACACACUGAUGGAUGAUGUGGACAAAUUCACGAAAGAAGCAGAGAAAAGAGUGAUGGAGAAAAAAUUGAAAAAUAUGAAUGAGGAAAUGAACCAGAUCUCUGACUUGGCCACACCUGAGCUUGAAGCUGAGGUGAUCAAAUUGAAUUCUGAGAUGUUUAAUUUGAAGGAGGAGAAGAAACGCUGGGAGAAGGAAAGAGAGGAGCUGAAGACGGAGAAGAAACAGUGGGAGAAGGAAAGAGAUAAGCUGAAGGAGGAGAACAAGAAGACAGAGUGCAUGCUCUUUGACCUUCUGAAAGUUUGCAAUGCUAACAAAGAGAAGCUUAUGAAGAUCAAGCAGAUUGUUGGACAACUGUAA